UUUGCCAUAUCUCACUCCAGUGUUGAUUUCUCUGUUGUUUAUAGUGACACGAAACUAACAUUUUGAGUGGUCUCUAUUCAUUUUCUUGCAUCUCCUCACUUUUGUUUGUAUUAUUCUAGAAUUUAGUAUGUAGUAUAUCUGUAUAAAGAUCCCUUUUUUAUACUCUCCAAUUCCAUGGCUUCAACAGUGAAGUUUUUCUAGAAUUUAGCAUAUAUAUCUAUGUAAAGAUCCCAUUUUUACACUCUCCAAUUCCAUGGCUUCAACAACAGUGAAAAGCUUUUCUCUUUCACCACCAAGUUUUGCUUCGAAUUUAGAGAGGAGGGCUCAUUUUAGACACUCGGUUAGGUGUUUAUCUAGUAAGGAUUCUUCUUCCACAGCUGCAUUAUCUGUGGAUGAUUCUGUGAAGAUUGGCAAUGGUGCAGUGAAUGGAGCUGUGAGGGAGAGGGUUGGCGUGGGCAGUGAUGGCCCUGUUGGUGAGGGAAAGAGGAGAGGAGAGAAGAAGGAGAGGGAGGAGGUAAAGUUGGAACCUUUGUGGGAUGAUGGAUAUGGGAGUGAGACUGUGCAAGAUUAUCUUGAAUAUGCAGGGGAUGUCAUCAAGCCGGACGGUGGGCCGGUGCGGUGGUUCACACCAAUCUCCUGUGGGCCCCACUUGGGAGGCUCUCCUGUCUUGUUUUUCUUGCCUGGAAUGGAUGGUCUUGGACUUGGGCUUAUUCUCCACCACAAAUCUCUUGGAAAGGUCUUUGAUGUACGGUGUAUGCAUAUCCCGGUGCAAGAUCGAACCCCAUUUGAAGAGUUGGUAGUCUGGGUUGAACGAUCUUUGAGAGACGAAAACUCUUCGUCUCCUAAUAAGCCCAUCUAUCUGGUGGGAGAUUCCUUCGGUGGAUGCUUGGCUCUCGCAGUUGCAGCAAGAAAUCCUGACAUCGACCUUGUCGUGAUACUAGCUAAUCCAGCAACAUCAUUUGCGAGGUCACAGCUGCAGCCUUUUCUACCAUUGCUGGAAGCAUUGCCUAACGAACUCCAUAACGCAGUUCCUUAUCUCCUAAGCUUUGUUAUGGGUGAUCCGCUGAAGAUGGCUACGGUGAAUAUUGAUACAGCAGGUCCUCCAGCCCAAUAUUUCGAACAGUUAGCCAACAACCUCACUGCUAUGCUGCCUCGUCUCUCUGGCUUGGCUGAUAUCAUACCAAAAGAAGCCCUGCAUUGGAAACUGAAGCAGUUGAAAACCGGUGCUGCUUAUGCGAAUUCUCGUCUUCAUGCCGUUAAAGCUGAAGUACUUGUUCUUGCUAGUGGCAAGGAUGCCAUGCUUCCCAGUAAAGACGAAGCUUGGAGGCUCUUAAAGUCACUGAAAAAUUGCAACGUACGAUACUUCAAAGACAACGGGCACACCAUAUUAUUGGAGGAUGGUGUUAAUCUAUUGACUAUUAUUAAAGGUACUAGCACGUACCGUAGGUCCAGAAACCAUGAUUAUGUGAUGGAUUUCGUACCGCCUAGUAAAUCCGAGUUCAAGCAAGCAAUCGAGGGAAACGGAUUCCUUCGGAAUUUCGCUAGUCCUGUGUUCUUGUCUACUACGGAAGACGGGAAGAUAGUGAGAGGCCUAGCCGGAGUUCCCGAGGAAGGUCCAGUCUUGUUAGUUGGUUAUCACAUGCUUAUGGGUUUAGAACUCUCACCAUUAGUCGAACAGUUUCUGCGAGAGAAGAAGAUCUUGGUUCGUGGCAUAGCACAUCCAUCUUUGUUCUCGGAUCUCGUUGAAAGCGAGAGCAAGGAGUUUUCGUUUCAUGACACCAUCCGGUUAUAUGGCGCGCUACCUGUCAGCGCAAGCAAUCUUUUCAAGCUGUUCAAGACGAAAUCUCACGUACUGCUGUAUCCCGGUGGCGCUCGAGAGGCUCUCCAUAGGAAGGGUGAAGAGUAUAAACUGUUCUGGCCGGACCAGCCCGAGUUUGUGAGGAUGGCUGCACGAUUCGAAGCCACAAUCGUGCCAUUUGGAGUUAUCGGAGAGGACGACCUAGCUGAGUUAGUCCUCGACUAUGAUGACUUGAUGAAGAUCCCGUAUCUGAGUGACCAAAUGCGAAGCAACAACGAGAAGUCUCAGCAAUUUAACGUCAGGGCCGGGAUGAGCGGUGAGGUCGCGAACCAAGAGCUGUAUAUCCCGGGGCUCUUGCCAAAGAUUCCCGGGCGAUUGUACUACCUAUUCGGGAAGCCGAUUCCGACCAAGGGAAAGAAGGAGAUGCUCAAGGACAGAGAAAAGGCGCGAGAGAUCUACUUGGAGAUCAAGUCUGACGUUGAGACGAGCAUGUCGUACCUGCUCAAGAAGAGGGAGCAUGAUCCGUAUAGGAGCAUUGUCGAUAGGACCGUGUAUCGAGCCUUUCGUGCUCCCGUGGAUCAGGUCCCGGCUUUUGAACCAUAGGUGUUUGCAAGGGAACUUGUGUCGGUCGACGCAGGACCGUGGUCUACAUGAAGAGGCUGUGUGAUCAGAAUGUUGGUGUUGUGGAGGUGGGGAAAGAAGGUGAAGCUGUUGAAGAUUUGUUGUUGUAGUGUGAUAUCUUCAAAAGUGUACAUUCAUUACAUUUACAUAGUAUAGUAAUUAUAUUUAUUGGU